AUGAAAAUCUCGGAUGAUACGUUCUCACAGCGGACACGCUUGCGUCAGUUCGAAUUGGUGGUCGAGAAGAAAAGCCUGUUUGUCAAUGCGCAUUAUUUGGCCGAACUUUCGCCUUAUUUUAGGAUGCUAUGCUUUGGUGAUUCGUUUCGGUCAGUGACUUUUAUAUACCGUAGGAAGAUUUUAACUUUUGGUUCUUAUUCGAAGUCACAAUCUAGGCUAAUUUUUUGUACUCUUAAAUUAAGGCUUUUACGAUCGGAUGAAGUUAUCUAG